AUGACUGUGGACUUUACUGAAACUCGGAGAAUGCGUCGUCGACGUCGACGUCUUUCAAAUGCAUGCAAGGACAUACCAGAUUACGUUACGGCGGUGGACGAUUCUAGCCAGUAUGCAGAUGUCAAGGAGACGGAACGAGAGCUACAGAUCUGGAGCCUCGAUUGUCCUCUCUCUGAGGAAGAGAUAAGAGAAUAUUUGGACGAAGCAGAAAAGAACAUGUCUUCUGAAAAGGCGCAUGAAAUAUUAGCUUAUUGUAAAUUCGACAUUCGUGAAGCCCUGACAAUAUGUAAAAAUUUCGUGGAACCUGAUCUUCUGUUGGACAGCGAGAAACAAGUGGUGCGAUGUAUGAUGCGUGCCGAAAAAUUUCGUUUGCUUUGCCUUCCGAGAGCGCAUCAGCGAUGUCGACCAUUGAAAGAGAUGCUGCCACAACAGUCUACGAGCAGUAUUAUGAAUUAUUACUAUAGGAACAAGUUCAAGGAUUUCGUAUUUGUCCCUCGAUAUCGUGACUCACGUAAUUCACGGCGUCAGACCGUGAUGAAAAGUGAAGAUAUAAGAUCGACUGUCUCUUUGGCAGCGGAAAUGGCGGUCAAAGUGAAGGUCGUCCACCCAAUGACUGAUCUACCACCUGUUGUUCAUUGCUAG